GGGCUUUAUCGUACAGUAGAUUCCGUUGUUUUUAUGAGAAUUAGACCCGUUGCUAUAUUUGACGUUGUUGUGAUCGACGAUUUGGGCCGACCUUAAACCAUUAUUAUAUACCGAUAGUCCGGGUAGCUCGUCGCUGCUUUCCUGAUCGAGUCGCUUAGAAAACGGCGACUUGAUCCAGCUAAUACAGAUCGCUUUUGUGAAAUCAGGUCGAAAGGGAUGCCGCUGCAGACAGACUCCGACGGACGCCAACAGUCUCUGGAUUUAAUCUCAUCGCAUUUAAUCGGGAAGAGCAGCUUUUCUAUAAAUUUAAAAGGCCUCAGAAUAAGCCACCCUCGACCGAGUGCUUUUGUAAGAUGCUUAAGCUCGAACUAAUAGCUGGCUUGUGAGGAGACAACGGGAGCGUCAACUUGUCAAGAAGCUAAAAGGCUAACUCGGCUAGCUGCUAACUAGCUCAACAACAAAGCUCGCUAGUGUCUGGUGAAUAUAAUCUCUAGAGAAAGAGACUGGGGGUCUAAAGACACUGCCCACCGAGAAACUACUGAAGCCGCUGAUUUCUGCCUGAAAAUAUAACUCGACAGCAAUGAAACUGUUGGAAAACUCCAGCUUUGAAGCCCUCAGCUCCAGGCUGUGUGUGGAAACAGGGGAGUCUCGCAUCCUUGGCAGGAUCGAGAGCUACUCCUGUAAGAUGGCAGGAGAUGAUAAACACAUGUUUAAGCAGUUCUGCCAGGAGGGGGAGCCGCACGUCCUGGAGGCACUUUCUCCCCCUCAGUCGGCCAGCGCCACCAGCCCUUCCCAGCUGGGGAAGAGCAGCGAGGACGGAGAGAACCCUCUGAGUGACAAGUGUUGCAGGAAGACUCUUUUCUACCUCAUCACCACGCUCAACGAGUCCUUCAGGCCCGACUACGACUUCAGCGCGGCGCGGGCCCACGAGUUCAGCCGAGAACCCAGCCUCAACUGGGUGGCGAACGCAGUGAACAGCAGCUUGUUCUCGACCGUGGGAGAAGACUUCAACUCUCUGGGGCCGGAGCUGUGGAACGCCAUCGACCAGGAGAUCAACCUGCAGGGCUGUGACAUUUACAGCUACAACCCCGACCUGGACUCCGACCCUUUUGGAGAAGAGGGGAGCCUUUGGUCCUUCAACUACUUCUUCUACAACAAGAAGCUGAAGAGGAUUGUGUUCUUCACGUGUCGCUCCGUCAGUGUUUUGAGUGGCUAUGGCCGUGGUUGCCUCGACAACGAGCUUGACAUGGAGCUGGAUGAUGAAGAGGAAAUGGAUGGUUUCACUGAAGACAGGUGCCCCAGAGCUCUGUGUGUGUAAACGCUGGACACGCCACGGCCAAAGAGCAGCUAGGCUUUUCCUCCUCCCAUUCUUUGCUCCAUCUUCCCUUUUUAUUUUUUUUUGUCUUUUUGUGGGAUUUUGCUGCCUCGUCCAAAGUCAUUUUCACACGUUAGCCUAAUGCAUGUCUGACGUCUGUUGGCGAUUAAAACCAUCGUGCCGUGCGGAGCUGGACAUUUUAUGAAGACUCCUCCCCGCGGCGACGCCCAAACCUUCAUUCUCAUGACUUUCAAAAGACCCCGAGCUCCAAACAGCACACGUACGGGCUUCUCCACGUUUCCAAAGAGACCGCUUCACGGACACUUCGAUGAGGGAGUUUGGUUUCUUGCAAAUGAUGUCACAAAGAGGAGCCCAGACAACACCAGCAUCAGUUUAUAAUAUUCCCCACGCGGGACGGGGCUGGGUACAUUAAAAAAAAGAAAAAAAAAAGACUGACGGAUCAGCCGAGAGCUCAUCUGUUCCUGAUCGUUUGCUCCUUUUGUGUUAUUUUUUUAAAUGUGUGACAGUGACGUUACUGUGAGAGCAUUUCUUUGACGUCUAAAGACAUUUAUUACUGACACCGAUUGAAGAGAUGUCCUGUAGUCGACGAACGGGACCGGGUGGCUGAGGAACGUUCGUCCUUGCAUCUGGAUUGCAGCUUAGAAAACAUAUCAGCUUUCAUCAGACUUAUUUCAUUGUGUCGUCUAAAUCCAGUAUUUUUUUUUCUCCCCCCCAUCAAUGUCCAUGAACAUUGUCCCUGAAUGUGUCUUGCCAGUGUUUUUCUUUGCUCAUUACCUCAGUGCAAAGGCUUAAUUGAAAAGUGAAUGUAUAGUACAAUUUAGAUGAAAAACGUCUUUUUAGAAACUCAGAAGCUCCUCUUUCCGUUCAUUUAAAAAUUGGAGUUUUGUCUUUUAUCGGCCGCUCUGUGCUUCGUUUGAUUGACCAAUAUAUUACAGAUGUGAAUAAACUGGUGUUUGGAUCA